AUGGCUUCGAAUCGCACUCGCCGCAUUGCCAAGGAGAUUGCGGAUAUUCAUAAUGACUCUCAUUCGCAAGUGACUGCAGACCCAGCAGGAGCCGACGAUGACCUCACGCAUUUGCGGGGUUCGUUCCGUGGUCCUCCUGGCACGCCAUAUGAAGACGGCACGUUUUUUGUCGACAUCAAGAUUCCGAAUGAAUACCCUUUUAAGCCUCCGGUCAUGAGGUUUGAAACCAAAGUUUGGCAUCCCAACGUUAGCAGUCAAACUGGUGCCAUCUGUCUUGAUACACUCUCAAGUGCCUGGUCCCCGGUUCUCACAAUAAGAUCUGCUCUCCUCUCACUUCAGUCACUCCUCAGCACGCCCGAACCCAAGGAUCCUCAAGAUGCAGAAGUCGCCAAUAUGCUCUUACAUAAACCAAAGGAAUUCGAACGUGUGGCGAGGGAAUGGGCUAUAAACUACGCAGGCGCUCCUAAGAAACAGGUUGCUGAAGGCAGUGGGGGUGCCACUGACGCCUCUAUACGCGAGCAAGAACGCAAAGCAAAAGAAGACCAAGAGCGAGAUGCUCUAACAUCAUAUGACGGGUAUAACAGGGACCUCGUGGACCGCUUCUGUGGUAUGGGAUUCGACAUAGACCGCGUUGUGGCAGCUUUCAAAUAUGUUGGAAUCGAUCGUAAUAACGGGGCCGAUUAUGAGCUUGAAGCUGAAUAUGUAGGCGAUAUUACCGCGUAUCUCUUGGGUGAACCAUGA